AUGACAGCAAUGGCUCAGACGCGAGAGGACACGCUGGAACCAGCGGCGGCCCCUUCGGGCACGGACACCCGCGUGACUGUUUCUUGUCACAGUGACGAGGAGAGUGUCGCUCUUAGGCUGGUCGACGAGCGGUUUCACCAACAUCUAGCGGCGCUUCAACGGGGAGAAGUACAAGGACGCCGGGUUUUUCCCUCAGAGGAAUGGGGAGACAUCCAAGCUCUUCGUGACGCUUUCCUCGAGAACGGGGAGCAGCUGGUCGAUCUCAACCUUCUCGGCGACGUUUCAGAGCAGCAGCUUCUCGGACUGACUGGCAAGGUCUGUCGGUACCGCGGCCUCGUCCAACAGCCGCUGAACACGGAGUUCUACGCAGGCGCAGUGCCGUGUCCACAUUCAUGCAAGAAGUCGCCCGGCCAAGUCGUUUGGCACACGAGCAAAUACCGCGACACUCUUCGGUGCUGUUCUGCCCUGGGUACAUCGGGUGAAGAUGGGUUCCGCGGCAACGAUUCACUGCCAUCUUCCGAAUUCUACAGCCUCUCUGCGGCGGCAAACUUUCCUAGUUCGGCCCUAGACUCUGACGAGCAUCAAACUGGACUAGGGGGUGUCUUACCUGUACAGAUCUGGAACCGCUGGCCAUACCACUGUGUUUCCGUCCCUGGAGAGACAGCCUGGUGCAGGCGUCUAGCCCGACGAAGCACUCGUCCAGAGGCGAGAGAGGCAGAGAGCUUCACGCGCCCUGGAGACGAAGAACGGGUUGGCCGGUCCCCUGUUCCGGCGGCUCUGGACAACUGUACGCUUCUGCUGUACACAGCAGCAGGCGACGAUGCUGGAUCUGGAGAACGCUGCGCCGAAGGGAUCGCAAGAGAGGACGGCUCUGCGCCAAACACAUCGGGGGAGCCAGGGCUCUUACUGAACGAUCUUAUUGAUGCGGUUGGCAUUCUCUCGGUCCUUCCAGCCUCUGAGGGGGACUCCGCACAGGUUCACACCGUGGCCUGCGCCUCGUCGCCUUGCCUAGAAAUCAGCGUCAAGCCUGAACCGCAGCAGGGGAUACACUCUAGGUGUCUUUGCACCACCAUAGAAGGCGCAUCGACACAAUCGGUCGCCUCCAAAGGCAUGACUUUCCGUCUCCAUGUGUUUGACUGGAAACGCGUCUGUUUUUUCAACCCCGUUAUGGACCGCUGUCUCUUUCAUUCUUCGCUCUCGCGGUCGGUGGUAGAGAAGGCCGUUAAGGUGCAAAACCUGAAGAACGAAGACGACGCGGGAUGCCAGCUGGACUCAUCAGACGCACCGGCUCUUCAGUCGCCUGAAGAAUCGAAGGACACGUCGGUCCGCAGAGAAGCCCUCGUCGGCUUCCUCUCACAGCCCUCUAGUCAGCAAGGCAAAGACCAGCAGCUGCUUCCCCUCGUGAACCAAAAGACGACGUCAGGGAACGGAGAACAUUGCCCAACAGAAAACGUGCGGGGAAAUGGUGGUGCGCGCAGUGGAUGCAACUGUUCAUUUUCUCACCAGAGUCGAACCUUGAUGACGAUCCUCGAGAGCCUUGUGCCACGAUUGGUUGGGGUAUCUGUACGCCCCAGGGCUUUGGCAACAAGCUCCAUGACACCCAAACUCCUUCUCGAUGACGCUUCAGAGGAUACCCUGGGCCGACUUGCACGGGGAGCUUUACAAUUGGCCCGAGGAACUAUCCUGCUGAUUGACGAGCCGGAGGUAGUGUCAAAGAGAACGCUUGACGAUGCGUGCCGUCGCAUCGUCGAGGCCGACGCCAGAUCUGAGCAGUGCAAGGCGCCUUCCUCGUGCGUGAAACGUGAAAGCGGCGCGUUGCACGACGAGUGUGAAUAUGGGUCCUCCAGCCAGCCAGGCACUGGGCCUAGCUUGACAGAAGCAAAGAACGAGAAUGAAGAGAAGGAAAGGAAGAAGCAACAAGCGAAAAAGCUCGAGGAGCUGAACCAAAAAGCAGCAGAGAACCUCCGAGCCCUCGAAACUCUGGUGGCUGACGGGCACGUGUCGUACGAUUUCAUCUUCUCCAAGCAACGCGUUGCGACGGACACCAUUAACAUCUGCAUGACCUCUUCCCUGGCGUCGUCGUCUGUCUUCGCGCCCCACCUUCUACCGGUGCCAGUAGAAAUCACGAACUCAAAUAGUAUGGGGCCUCAGAAUACUCAUCGAGCUUCUGAUUGCUGUGGAGGCGGCUCAGAAGCUGGAGCCGGGUUCAACGACGCAACGGAAAUAACAUCAGCGGGUGCUGAUGGUACAGAGGGGCUAAGCCACGGCGAAAUGAGCUACUGGAGGGCCCUGGUUGGUGCCGCAAGCAGACGAGAACAGGGGGUCGAUAUUGCGGAAGAGACCCGGCAAAUGAUGAUAGAGGACUGGGUACGCAUCCGGCAAGAGGAUCGAAGUGUCAAAAGCGAUGAUUUCACUGUUUGGCUGGUACUCGCGGACUCCAUGUCGGCAUCGUUUGGAGAGGGAUGCUCCCCGCUUCAUCACAGCUCACGCUCAGACGAUGCAGUCGAGAAAUGCCGCCGCGGACCUGGGCAGUUGUCCCCAGAACAUUGGAAACGUGUUAUGGAUCUCGAGCGACAGAGGCGUGCCCGACUGGCGGCCCCAAAAAUUUCUGGGUGA